AAUUUACAAGUAUAAGAUAUUUAAACUUUAAAUGAUAACACAUUGCAAUUUUUAAUCAUCGUCAAUUUUAUUCCCUAAUGUAUUAUCGAAUAUGGGAAAUAUCGAAAGAAUUAUUGACUUCGUCGUGUCCGGUCAAUAUAAUUUAUAACAUACUUCAUAAGAAAUAUUACUUGUCAAAUUGAUAUAUAUGUAUGUAUAUAUAUAUAUAUAAUGUAUUUACAUACAUAUAUAUCGACAUAUAUUUAUAUGUAUACAAAGUGCAUGCAUAUGUAUACAUGUAUACAAAAUGUAUUACAAACUUAUAAUUAAUUUUAUGGAAAUAACAUGAUAAUAAUAAUUGAAUUUAACUAUAUGUGCGUAUAUAAGUACACACAUAUAUACGUAAAUUUAAUAUUAUGUAUGAGUCUCAUUUUUAUAAUUGGAGAAUAUAUUAUCAAUGACUGCACUUGUAUACUCUGUUUCACUGAUUGUAAUCAGAAGAAACAGUGCUAUCGACUAAUGAUCUUGUCUUUUGUAAUGAACUCAGAAAUAUUGUGAAAUUGCUUGAAGAAAAUUUUCUGGGACAUUCUUAUCAAUACACGAAUACAAUCAUCAUUGAGGCAGAGUGUACUUAAAGGUACACAUUCGCGCACACAUCGACUUAUAUUAAUCGGACGGUUCUAUAUAUAUAUAAUAUAUAUAUAUAAUAUAUAUAUAAUAUAUAUAUGUGUGUGUGGCCUGAUAUACAUAUAAUGAUAUAUAAUAUAACAUUUUUAACUUCAAUAUAGUAUUGAUCGUAGAAUGCUUCAAGAAUGCUUCAAUUAAUGUCGUUUAUUUAAAUCUGUAUUCCUUAAAUGAUUAGAAAUUAAGAGAAAAUUUUGUCGUAUAAUGAAUGAACGAAUUAAACGCAUAUCUUGGAAACAUUGCAGCUAUAUAGUCUUUUAAGAUAAAUAGGUCUAGAUCAUCGAAUGGUGUGUUUGUGUGUAUCAUCAUACAUCAUGUGGUAACUUUCCUAUGGCGUGCAUUUUAUAUAUAUAUAUAUACACAUACAUAUAACAUACAUAUGGCAGUAAUAGACUGCCUUUUCUGUAUCUGUAUUAUUUCUUCCGACAUCAUCAUCAUCAUCAUUGCUAUCAUCAUCGUUAAUAGAUAAUUCAAUUGAAAUAAUUAAAGCAUAACAUAUAAAUUUUAUGUUUGGCGACAUGAAAGUCCAUGUAGUUUUAUUAAUAUUAUCCUGUUUAACGUGGACAAUUGCUGAUGUAGAUUUUGAUACAGAUUUGACAUUAUCGGAGUUAUACGAGAGUGCUGUGGAAGCAUAUCUAAAUGAAGAAUGGGAUGAGUGUAUUAAAAGGUUUACCAAGGCUUUACAUGGGUAUAAAAUCUACAAACAAACAUUAAUAAAAUGUCGAAGAAAUUGUGCAAUGGAAGCAGAAGGAUGGCAACCAUUUUAUCCAGAGAAUAUAGAAGAUUUACAUUUUUAUGAAAAAAAAGUACGUGAGACUCUUUGUUUAAUGAAGUGUAAUCAAGAUUAUAAGGAUAUUGCUAAUAAAGAAAAACUUAAACGAUUACCUGUUGAUAUGGAAAGGAAGUUCAUAGAACAUCGUGUUUAUGAAUAUUUGCAUAUAUGUUAUUAUCAGAAAAAUCAUUUCCAAGAUGCAGCUAAUGCAGUCUUCACUUUUUUGGUCAUGCAUCCGCACCAUAAUAUGAGUGCUAACAAUUUGAAAUAUUAUCUCACCUUACCAGGUGUACAUGCAGAUAAUGUUUCGAACUUGGAGAUGUCACAUUUCUUAAAUGCUUAUACUACUGGUGUGUCAGAAUAUGAAAAGCAAAAUUACAAGGAGUCAGUUAAAUUGUUUGAAAAUUCUUUGAGAGAUUACUUGAACUCGGAAAACGAAUGUAGGAUCUAUUGCGAAGGACCUUUUGAUCAAGGAUGGCAUCCUGAAUUCACAUCUUUAUUAGCAAAUCACUUUGCUUACUCUCUGAAAUGUAAACGUAGCUGUUCGCGUUUACUCAAUUAUGUGAAUGGUGAAAAUCGAGAUGACCUACUCAAAAGCCACUACAAUUAUUUGCAAUUUGCUUAUUAUAAAUUAGGAAAUUUAGUAGCAGUAGCAAAAGCAGUUGAAAGCUAUUUAUUAUUUGAUCCAGUAGAUGAAACAAUGUUAAACAAUAAAAAAUAUUAUCUUGGAUUACCGAAAGUAAGAGAGGAAUAUUUUGUUCCACGAGAGGAAGCACUUGCUUAUAUGAAGAGACAAGAAUAUGAACGAAGAAUUUUGCGUUACAUUUCUGAGGAAUUUACAAUCCUAACUGCAGAACUGAAACAUGCAUUAAAUAAAACGAAUAACGAAGAAAAUGAAGUUCAUUAAAUUUUCAUCAAAAUAACUUUUUAAGAUCCUAAUUGUUACUUGUCUAUGGCCUGUAUUAUAUAUGCAUGUGUAUGUGUAUGUGUUAUACGUUAUAUAUAUAUAUAUAUAUAUAUAUAUAUAUAUAUAUAUAUAUAAUAAAAAAUUUAUAU